ACUACGGCCGGUCGUAGUUUGAGUAUUUGCGUAUUGCGGCGGUUUUGGAAUGGAAGGGCUACUGAAAGAAUGUGCAUUUAGUUAUUAAGUAUAUUAAAUCCAGUAGUCGUCCGAUUGCGAAAAUGUUUGUCGAUCUGAGAAAGAUAAUUUAUCUUUCUUAUCUAAUUCUGUUUCUAUGUCUUAUUUUACACACUACUAUUGGAGAUAAAGUGCAUACUGAGCCCAAAGAAGAAAAUGAAGACAGUGAAAAGGGUGUUUCAGGUUUGCCAGCAGUAUCUGAAUCAAAUGAAAACCAAGGUACUGAGCCCCCAGACAAAAUACAAGAAGAUGUACCUGUAAAGCCAGAAGAGAAUGCAGAAAAAACAGAAAAUAUUCCUGAAGUGCCUGAAGAAGGCAGUGAUGAAAAUAAAGAUGAAAGUGCCAUGGUAUCUGAAAGCAAAUCUGAUACAAAACAGGAAAAUGAGGGACAUUUAAAAGAGAAAGAACAAGAAGAGUCUGAGAGUACAGUUUCUGAAGAAACAGUAGUACCUGAAAGUAGCACUGAACAGCAAGAGACUUUCUCUCCAACAGAAAAGAUAAUGGAAGAAACUACUACCAAAGAAUCGGAAUUCAUAGAACUUGAGAAAGUGAAAUUCCCAAAGGACACAUACGCUGUUUUGAAUAACAAAAAUAGGAUUUGUCUUCUUGCAAAAUUUGAUGCCAGGAUUAGUAUCACGUAUGUCACUGAGCUAGGAGAAGAGCAAGUGGAAGUUACUGUACCUAAAGAUGGAUAUGUAAGAGGAAAAUGUGAAUCUUCAUCAAAAUCGCCUGCAGUUUAUGUGUCAUGGAGAACAUUUGUCUUUGGUCUUGUUUUUGAUAAGACAAAUGGUAGCAUUUGGAUUGUAAAUUCUGUGGAACUAACUUAUAAUACAUCAGAACCAAUAUUUGAUGGAGCUACAAAGGCUCGAAAAUAUACAGCUAAAAGUAAAAGCAUUAGUUUAUUUGAAACUCCUCUUGGAAAGUCAUAUUAUUGCCCUGCAGAAGAAGUAAUUCUUCUCUAUCAUGAAAAUAAGCAUGUGGCUACAGCAAGAAUGAGUGAGAUACACUUGCAGCCUUAUGAUGUCAAAAAAGGAAAAUUUUCACAAAUUCACCGAUGCAGCAAAGUUGUUCUUGAUGGUCCUGAUGAAACAGAAUUUAUUCAAGAUGAAACUAUACCUUUUGCUGUUGGAUGUACCCUGGCUCUGAUAACUCUGUUGAUAUUGGUGGGGUUUUCUGUACACCGAGCCUACCAUGCUGCUAAAGUGGACUACAAUACAAUGGAAUAGGCUGGAGGCAAUAUUAAGAGGAAAUAAUCCAUCUACUUUUAUGAAUUAAUUUGAUUUGAAAGAAGAUAUUAAGACUGAACAUGUCCUUAUAUGUUAUAUCAGUAUGCCUUUUGUAAAUAUUUUAAUUAUUUGUUUAAAAUAUAUGUUUAUAUUUUUCUUAAAAGAAAUAAUUCUGUGAUAUGAUUAAGUAGGAAUGAUGUUUAAUGGAAUUGCAACUUAAAAACUUAAUUUUUUUUUUACAUAUGUUCUUUGUUUGAAUUUGAUGUGGGAAGAAAAGCAUUUAAUUUAUUUUUUGCUAAACAAAAUAAUAUAGUUUAUGACAUUUUAAAAAAUGAGGUUUUAAAGUUUCAACCUUUUGAAUUUUUAUUUUUUUCUGAAUGCUAAUUUUAUAAUGUUUUAUUUGAAUCUUAAUGAACUAUAUUAAUUUAGAUCUGAGUGCUUGAUCUGAGUUUGAUCAAAUGCUGGGAGGAAUAAUUAAAUUCCAUUUUAGUUUCAUUAUGUUGCCAUGCUGGUAUAAUCGCAUAAAAUGAAGAAAUGGAUUUGCAGAUAUGCAGUGAUUGUAUGAUUUUCAAAGCUGUUAUCAUGGGGAUGCUACAUGACUCUUUAUGGUGUAUAUGAGCUUUUAUUAAUUUUUGUUACUAUCAUUUAAUUAUAAGAUACAACCAAGUAAAAUCAGCAAUAUCUAUAAUAUGUGGAAGAGAAACUUGUGUGUAAAAACUUGUGUGACUUCACCUUUUCAUGUUAAUCUUGGCUUCUUUAUCUUUGGUGAUAAGAAAAUCUUCAUGAACUCUCUUUGUACAUCUUUGAAAAUUGCAUAAACUGUUUUUAUUUUGAGAGUAUUUUCUUUUGAAAUAUCUUUUAUGGAAAAGUAGGGUAAUUUGAAGAUGGAGUCUUGUAUAAUUAAUGUUAUUUCUUUGUUAACCACUUAAAUUGACAGUUAGUUAAUUCUAUGUUUAACAGAAUUGAUAGAAGCUUUACUUAUAGUUUGUAAAGGCAUUUCUUUAAAACAGCAGGUAUACUUGAGAAGAUUGAAAAUAUAAAAUAUAAAUAAAACUGAGAUGGGGAUUUCAAUCUUGUUAGUAUGUGUGUAUUCUUUGGUCUUGACUUCUGUGUAUCCAAAUGUUUAAAAUAUGUUAAUGUAAAGGCUUAUUUGCUAGAAUAAAAUAAAUAUUUAAAAGUAUGUUUAAUCAAUAAUAAUUAAUUGAAAUCUAUUUCUCAGUGUAUUUCAACUUGGCAAAUUUCCAUUGACUCAGUUUCAUUCUUUUGGUUUUGAACAAAUUUUUGUGUAUCUAUCUAUCUGUUCAUUAAUAGUUUCAGUUCAAAUUUUUUAAAAUCGGUGCUUGAAUUUUUUUUAAUUUUCAAUUAUAAUUACACAUUUUUACUUACAACUUUUUUUUACUUUAUGCUUAUACUAUUUUUAAAAAUGUCAACAAACGGAUGCAAGUUAUAUUUUCAAAGGAUAAUGAUUUCCUAUUAUAUUGAAUUUUAAUGAACUCCUUACAAAUAUUCAGUGUCUUAAAGUGUUUUUAAUGUUCCUUUAUUGAAAUUUUAUUGCAAAGCACAUAUGGAAUAAUUUAUAUAUAUAUUUAAAUAAAUAAGUAAUGUAUAUGUAGCUGUCAUUUUUUUGCUGUGAUUUGAUAUAUUUUUAUCGUUUAUUUUUGUUAACUUGCAGGUUAUGUUACUGAAAUAAACGUCUCAAAAUUAAAGCAUUUUUUUUAUUAAAUAACUUAAGUUGUCUGUGUAAGAAACAAUCUCACUUGUUUAUGCAUUUCGCAGAUAAAUGUAUCUUAGGAGUCAUUUUCAUUAUAUUCUUAACAUACAGAAAUUGUUUAUUAACUAGAUCACAGGACUGUUGAAAAUCUUGGUUGUUUGAAAGUCUGGGUCUGUGAAAAACAGCAAAAAUAAGGCUAUGUAAGGACUUUUAUGGGUACAUUGUAUACACCUAUACAUGUGUAUGAUGUAAAAUGAUCAAUGGAACGAAUAUAUGUGCGCACAUUUAUACAUAUAUAUAUGUAAGAAAAAACAUGUAAAUCAGAAUUCUAAUUUCAAUUUGCAAUUGCCCCUCAACUCUUUCUUUUAAUUUGGGUAAUUUUCCCUUUCUCCUUUACAUUUACAGUAAAGAUAAUAAUUGCAUAUACAUUAAUUAUUCUGAACUCUUUCAUUUCAAAAUAAAUCGAUGUCACGUGAUUCUUGUACAGUGCUAAUGAUGUAGAUAAGGCUUCGGCUAGUAAUUAUUUUUUGGGAACCAAAAUUUAAAAUUAGCCAAAAGGAGCAAUCUAAACUGAAAUUAAAUUGUUGUGAAUGGGAAUUUCUGUAGCUAGACUACUAUUUCUUUUCUUACUAUAGCAUCUUAAAAAUGUAAAAUGCUUUAGGAGGAGGUGCUGAUUUUGCACCAAGUUAACUGUGUCUGCAUCAAAAAUGUUUUAUCGAAACAGUGCUCAAUCAGCCACAGUUUGCUCAAGUUCUUAAUGAAUCAACUUUCAUCAUGAACAAUUAUAUCACGAUCUGAAUUAUUUCAAAUAUAUAUUUUUUGACAAAUAAAAAUUUGGAUUAGAAA